AUGGCCGGACUCCUCGGAAACCUCACAAACUCCCUCGACAACACCCUCACAGGAGGUGACCAAGCAAAAGGUCAAGGAGGACUCCUUGGUAGCGUCACAGGAGCAGUUGGAAAAACCGUUGAUGGCGCAGGGAACGUAUUAGGGCAGACCACAGAUGGUCUGGGGAACGUCGUGGGACAGACCACGAACGGCGUGGCAAAUACGGCGGGUCAGACGACCAAUGGGCUUGCGAACACCACUGGUCAGGCGACGAAUGGAGUUGCAAACACGGCAGGAGGAUUGACAAAUACGGCUGGAGGGUUGGUUGGAGGUGCCACUGGGCAGCAGCAGAAGAAGGCUUGA